UUGAAAUUAUAAUGAAGCAUCUUAUAUUUGUUGCCAUUAUUUUGAUAUUAUCGAUUGUUUUUUAUGUAUCCUCGAUAUCUCAUUUGCACAUAGUUCCCGUACUGGUAAUUUUACUUAUAUUUGAUAAAUAUAAGAGAGGAGCUAAGAAAGAAUUAAAGGCAGAGAGCUCGGGGAAGGGUUUGCUGUUUAAUAAAAACGUCAUCGUAACAGGCGGCUCUAGUGGAAUUGGUAAAUGCGUGGCGAUCGCAGCAGCUGAGAAUGGCGCCAAUGUUACGAUAAUUGCUCGUAAUCCUGAAAAACUCGUAAUUGCUCGGGAUGAAAUCGACUCCGCCUGCUGCAACAAGAUCGGUCAGCGGAUCGGGUGCGUCGUGCUCGAUCUCUCCCAGGACUACGAAGACAUAGAGGAAGCAUUCACGGACCUGGAGAAGCAACAGGGUCCCUGCUACAUGCUGGUGAACUGCGCUGGAAUGUCGAUUUGCAGCAAGAUCGAGGACACCUCGCCGGACCUCGUCAAGCACCUUAUGAACUUGAAUUUCCUGGGGAGCUAUUACUGCGCCAAGGCCGUAGUGCCAAGCAUGAAACUGGCCAAGAGGGGCAAAAUCGUCUUCGUCUCCUCGCAAGCCGGAUUAUUAGGAAUAUUCGGAUACUCGGCGUACUGCGCAACGAAAUUCGCUCUUAAAGGAUUGGCGGAGAGCUUGGCGAUGGAAUUAGCGCCGUAUAAUGUGUCCGUGACUUUGUCCCUGCCUCCGGACACCGACACUCCGGGUUACGUCGUCGAGGAGCAGUCGAAACUCGUGGAAACGAAACUCAUCUCGGCAUCCGGUGGUUUGGUGUCGCCGGAAAUAGUGGCCCGAAGGCUACUGGACGAUGCACUCGAUGAAAAUUUUUUCUCCACCGUCGGAUGGGAGAGCUACGUAUUAACAACCCUUUGCUCUGGAAUGUCGCCGCUUAGUUCCUUCUUUGAAUUGAUUUUUCAGACUUUGCUAAUGGGCCCACUGAAGAUGUGCAGCGCUUUUUUCCAUUAUCACUUUAAAAGUAUAGUGAUUCAAUGUAUGACGGAAAGAGAAAACCGAAAGAAAAUCCAUUGAAGAGAAAGAAUUACAAAAUUUGCCGUUAUAGAUUUUUUUUUU